AUUACUCCUUAAUAAUUACAAAAUUUUCUAGGUUAUUUCUCGAUAUUUUGUCAAUAAUACUCAAAGAUAGAAAAUAAAUAAAUUAUAAACAACAAAAAUUAAAUGUGUGUUUGGAGAAAUAAAUAGAAAUUGGGAGAAAAGGGAAUAAGGAUUGUGUUAAUUUUCCCUUGUUUGAAUACUAGCACGGCCAUCCUCCAUUUCUUAGGACCGGAUAGACUGAAUUAACGUUACAACACUUGCAACGUUACAACUUACAAGUAGUAUGUAUAUAUUUAUUCGUGCUUGUAAUGAGUUGGUUUAUUUAUUUUGGUAGAUUUUGUGCUGUAUAUAUAGAUCAUUUCAUUUUAUAUGACUUGAAUAUGUGUAGGAGUUUUGGUAAUUAAUUAAUCAAUUAAUGAAAAGACUUUGCUUAAAGUUUAAUGCAUGUUUUAUACAAUAAACUUGUCCUUAUUCGGUCAUGUUUCUGGAUUUGAAACAACAACCCACUUCUUGUAGAUAAUAGUAAAUGGAAAAUUUGUUUUGUAACUUCAAUUCAUGCAACAUAUUUCUUCGUAAUAAGUAAGUCUAGUAAAACUAAAUGCAACUUAAUUAUAUCUUAAUGCAUGGUUAACAACGUCUAAUAAAUUAGCUUUUAUACGUUUAGGAUUAGUUGUCAUAUAUUCAUGCAUUUGAUCCCUAAACUAGGACUGUACCAAAAUCAAUUCCACAAAAAACCAAAAAAUAUAGGAAACAAUUGUGAGAUUUUUUUUCUUUUUGUUGAAAAAUUUGAUGGGUGACAAUGACGAUCUCCUACGACGAUUCAUGUUAGUCGACCCCAAAUCAUUUUGGGAUUAAGGCUUUGUUGUUGUUGUUGUGAUCAUAGACAUUAUAAUGGAAGUUACCAUAAAAUGUUCCUACAUGGUAAAACCAAAUGAGCCAACAUAUAUGGGUGUUUUUGGAUUAUCCGAAUGGGAUCAAACCGGUAUGAUCACCCAUGUACCCACAGUCUACUUCUACAAGCCUUCUCAAGAGUGGUGUACAUCUUCCACUAGGUCUAUCAUAGACACCCUCAAGGAGUCAUUAAGUCGGGUGUUGGUACAUUUCUACCCCCUAGCUGGUCGUGUUAGAUGGAUCAGGCAACGACGACUUGAGCUCAUGUGCGAUACAAUGGGAGUCGAGCUCAUUGAAGCCGAAUCUAGUAAUGAACUAAGUGAUUUUGGUGAUUUUUCCUCUCAAACUAAUCUAUUUGAGAACCUCAUUCCUUUUGUGAAUUAUGGCAAACCUAUUGAUGAGUUGCCUUUGGUGUUAGGGCAACUUACAAAGUUUAGAUGUGGUGGUGUUUGUUUAGGGGUUAACAUAUCACAUAUAUUAGCCGAUGGGCAAAGUGCACUCCAUUUCAUGGCCGAGUGGGCUAGGCUUGCUCGUGGUGAACCACUUCAAAUGGCUCCCUACUUCAACCCGGACGCCUUUAGAUCUCGACAACUCCCUACUAAGAGUCUAACUCCUUGUGAUAUGCACACAGAGUUGGGUACACCGCCAUUACUAACAGGGCAGGAAAACAACUUAGACGAGCGUAAAAAAGUCACAACCGUAGCUAUAUUACCCCUAUCAAAAGACCAAGUAGAGAGCCUAAAGAAGGUUGCUAACGAGGGAGUCAAUGGUCCGAACACGUACAACCCUUACACCCGCUAUGAAGUGGUAGCGGCUCAUGUAUGGAGAAGUGCAUGCAAGGCACGUGAACACCACCUUGAGCAGCCUACGUGUUUAGGCUUCUCUGUCGAUGUACGUAAUCGUUUGCACCCACCACUACCACCAAAGUACUUCGGGAAUGCAAUCUUAGACGCGGUGGCCUCAUCUAGGUCAGGGGAUAUCAUAACACAUCCCUUAGGUUGUACUUGUGCUACAAUAAGGGAAGCAAUUGAGAAAGUUGACGAUCAAUAUAUUUGGUCAAAUAUUAACUUUUUGAAAAAUUUAUCUGAUUUGACCCCUUUUCAAGACCUCCAUGCACGUAAGAGUGGAGAUGGCCCAUUUUAUGGUAACCCAAAUAUUGGGGUGAUUAGUUGGUUAACCCUUCCUAUUUAUGGGCUUGACUUCGGUUGGGGAAAAGAGAUCUACAUGGGCCCAGGUACUCAUGAAUCUGAUGGUGAUUGCUUAAUACUUCCUGGGCUUGUCAAUGAUGGAUCGGUCAAAGUUGCUAUAUGCUUGCAACUGGCCCAUAUGGAUGCAUUUAAGAAAUACUUUUAUGAGCACUAGCUAAAGGCACGUGCAACACAUGUAUUAGCUUGGUUUUAAUAAUUAUUAUGAUUUAUUUAUAAAGUUGUUUACUUCUGCACAAUAGCAUAAUGUUAAAAUAUCAUCUACAGUAAUACAUAUUAUUAUCCACCAUUUUGUUACAUUGACACAAAGAAUCAUAUCAUUUUAUGUCACUUAUUGUAAGCAACAUUUCUUCUUACGUUAAGUAAUAUAGAAUAAUGAAACCCACAAAUACUACUCAUGGUACAUAUUUAACUAAAUACAAUACUCCCUCCGUCCCAGAUUAGUUGUUACACUUUCUUUUUUCGUGCGUUCCAGAUUAGUUGUUACACUUCUAAAUUAGGAAUGACCCCACAAUUAUUAUAUUGUCUCUCUCUUCCCACUAAUUUUUUUUUUUGUCCCCACACCCCCUCUCAUUCAAUUAAAAAAAUACCCCACUAACUCUUAUCACAUCUACUUUUUCAAUAAAAUAAUAAUUGAUAACCACACUACUACUUAUCGCAUUAAACUGUGUGUCCAGGAGAGUGUAAUAACUAUUCUGGAACAGAGGGAAUAUAAUAUUUUCAAAAAAAAAAAAUCUUUCCACUCGGAAGAAAAAUACAGUUAUACAGGUAGCAGCUGACAACCUUUUAAAGUAAAUUUACAUAUAGUACAUUCUAUGAGUCUUACAUUAUCUACCAUUGAUUUUGACGAGUAUUCAUUUAUUUGGGCAAUUCUUUUAUUCACUUGCACAAAACCCUCACAUUGAAGACCGUAGAAUCUGUUGAAAUAUUAAUCUAGAAAAAUCUAGAUAAUAUGUUUGUAAAAAUCUAGAGGGAAAUUUCUAGAAUUAUCCUAAAAAAAAUUUAGUAAGAAAAAUCUAGAUAAAUGACAAGUGUAGAAAAAUCUAGAAACUAGGAUACAACCAUUAUAAAUAUGUUGUAUGUGCAUGAGUUGAGAACUUGAGAGGUGAACCAAUCAAGAAAGCUCCCACAAAUAUGAGGGGUAAAAACAAGGAUUCUACCAAAGAGCUCCCACAUGAGCUCUUGCAAAUAUUGUUAUACAAUUCUUAUUAAUGUAAUCAAUGAUGAAAAUACAAUUUUGUUAUAUAAUUGAGGUCCAUCAAAACUUUCGCGUGCGUCCUCAAAUUCAUCACCAGUGUUUAUUGAAUUAUAAGUCUGUUUCAGAAGUAUUGAUCAAUGUACAUGUACUAUUAAAGCAAUUAAUUCGAGCAAUUAAUAAUAUAUCAUGUGUACUUACUGUCCAAUUAAUGAAAAACCUUGAUUAUACGCGAAUUAGCUCAUCAAUCUUAUAUUUUAGUCAAUCUCUCCAUAUUUCUUCAAUGUGAAAUAACUGCUCUGUCAA